CAGAUGUACUAAAAAAUGGGAUCAUUGAAUGGGUUUAAGAUUACCGGAGGACCUCGGAAUUUUCCGGUUCUCCUGAUAUUCUGUAUCCUGACGAACGCCAUACAGAGAACAACAGCAAGGGAUGAACCAACGACGACGGAUACUACAGCUACAGCAGAUAGAAGAAUCUGUCCAGUUAUGCUGAUAACGCCGUCAUUUUUGGAAACCGAUUUUGGGAAACGAGCAAUAUUCAGUGGUUUUAAAGAAGCAAAACUGGAACACAGUCUUAAAGCAAGAUGGCAAGUAAUUCGAAACGGAACAAUAGAAACCAUUGAUGUAAAUGCCGACAAAUAUAAAGGGAGCCAACUCUUGCCAAAUCUCACGUUAAUCAUCAAAGCUGCAUUUGAAGAUGAAGGUUUUUAUCGAUUUCAAGUGAUGAUUGAAGACGGUUGGUGUACGAGCAACAGGGUGGAAUUAAGAAAAGUCAGAGGAAUUUUGCAGCAUGGUGAUCCUUGCACACAAACGAGGGAAUGCAAAGAUAGAAUGGAAUUAAUCUGCUCAGACACCUACAAAAAAUGUGUUUGUAACAGUUUGUAUGCCUAUCCUCAUGGAAGCAGAUGCUACUUCCAGUCAUCACUUAGGGCACUUUUUACGAACAGUAGUAUUUCGACAACUUCCAUGGAAGUGAAUUGGAGGGAUCCAUCACAGCAUGACAAUCUUGUACAGCGAUACAUCCUUGAAAUUUCUGAAACUAAUGGAUAUUUCUCAGUAAAUAAAUCUGUAGCUCGACAGAAUGAAUUUCAUGUCAACUCCACUUUCGUUCCUGGACAUUUAUUUACUGUGACAAUAACUUCUGUUGUUUUCCUCAACGAUGUCGGAAAGACUGUAUAUAUUAAAAGUAAUGUGCUACUUGUAGUUGAGCCAUUACCACCUGGUGCAAUCAACAUCAGUGGAAGUAUUUUCCAUCCAGAGCAUCUGCACCUUAACUGGGCAGUUCCUGAAAUGAAUACUUCCGUCGAUAUGUACAGCAUCACCAUAGAUGGAUAUCAUUAUCACUGUCCAAAUAACUUUUAUGACUGGCCAAGGAGAUUGGAACCUGGAACAAAAUACAAUGUUACCAUAAAAGCUGUCAGUUGGUGGAAUCGAAACUUCGAAAAAGAAAGCGAUCCAUAUUACGAAGAAAUAACUACAAUCAGAACUCCAAGAGUUAUUUUGUCUUCCACUCCAUUCUAUCGUGUACCCUACUUAUCGAAUCUCAAAGCAAACGCAUCAAUUCAGCAUCAAGCUGAUUUUCCACCUAUUCUUGAAGUGAAGUGGCAAAAGGUUCACUACUAUACAGGAACAGCAGAAGAUAUAGAUAUAACUCACGGCAAAUUCAUUGGAAGCACUGUUGAUAGAAGUAAUCCACUUUUGCUUAUCAAUGGAGUUACUUUCGAAGAAGACUAUCCCAACUAUUACCGAUGUUUAGCAAGAAAUUCAGAAGGAUGGGGAGCUAGCGACAAUGUAUCUUUGUCUGUCAUUGGAAGCUUGAGGUACAAUGUACCUUGUAAAGAAAGCAGGGAAUGUCUUUAUGGGUCUGACAUGUACUGUCAGUCUGGCAGGUGUCGCUGUUCUUACUCAUAUUACCAUAGCAACUCUGGUUGUGUUCAUAAAUCCAACUUACAAGGACACACGCUCAACCAUCAAAGUUUCUUCUGUGAAGAAGGAGCUGGAUUUUCGUUUCAGUGGAGAGAACCAUACCGCGAUACGGAUUUGGUGAUUGGAUAUGAAGUUUUAUGGAGGGAAGAAACCAUCAGUUACAAUGGGAGUUCUGGCUCUACGUUUGUUGGAAAGAACACUACAUACAUAACACCAUGCUCCCUGAAAUUAGAACCAGGGCGAUUGUAUUGGACAACAGUCCGAACACAUGCCGAAUUAAAGAAUCCAAAGGAAAAUAUAACUGUAGAUGAGUCUUCGCAGUCAAUAAUACUUGAUCCCUUACGACCCUGCCCGAUCAUGAAGAAUCAGUGUAAUCUCUCACCUGACAACCUAUAUUUAAAGUGGGAGAGAUGGUCAACAAGUUUUGUGAACCAUUACAAAGUAACCAUCGACAAAAACACACAAAUAACAACGGGAUACGAACCAGAAAUACGCUGGAAUUCUCUGCUGAUGUCCGAACACGAAUAUGAGGUCACGAUCAUAGCACUCAGCUAUGGCUAUACGACAAACUAUCCUACCUACGGCACCAAAGAGAGCGCUCCUUAUGUUUUUAAGAUCAAGACCAAUCGAUCUAAAUAUUCUGGAAAGAUACAACUUCCAUAUGGAGAGAAAGAAUCAGAUAUCAUUUUGCAAAACAAAAAGACAAGUGAAGCUCUUAAAGCACCGAUGACUGUUUAUGUUGGGGAUGGAUCUGAUGGCGGAUUCAACUCAGUAUAUAUUGGUUUUCAUGGCGUGAUAGGGCUUGGAGACAACUUCAAAAGUCCAAAUGCACUAGAUUUGCACUCUCCAAAUUUUAAGGGGAAAAAGAUAUUAUGUCCAUUUUCAUCUGAGCUAAAGUCAGAAAAAAUUGGAAAAGUGUACUAUAAAACAUAUUCAAGGCAACAAAAUAGAGCCGAUUUUAAUGAAACCUUUAUGGAGAAGGCAGACAAUAUCAUAAAGGCUUAUUUCAAGGAUUUUAAAGGAUUCAAAGCAAAUUGGCUUGUGAAAGUGACAUGGGAGAAUAUGACAGUGGGGGGAAUUAAAAAAAAGAAAAUUACUUUUCAAACUUUCCUUAUAUCUGAUGGAGAGAAUACCUUUGCUGUUUACAAUUACGUUGAUGUAAAUUUACCCUACAAACACGGCCUUAAGAUAUCAGUGGGAUAUCGUUUUGGUAACACCAUUGUGCAAAAAAGAACUGCCAAAGACAAAAGUGUGUUUCGAAUGUCAGACGUACCUGGAAAUGGAGGAGGACGAGGUUUCUGGAUUUACAAACUCACUAAAGGGGUUCGUACACAAAAGGAAGCAGGAGAAUGUCGACUUUGGUAUAACUAUAACCGAGAUAAUAAAAUUGGCCAACAGCUCUUAACCAACAACAUUGAAUGUCCCUGCAAUAGUCGUUUACUCCGGUUUGAUCCACGCUUUGCCAUCAGUCGACUUGACACAAAGAAUCGGUUAUUAUGCUACGCCUCUAUAUUGGUCGAUAUCAAUGCUGAAUGCUGCUUCAAGAUGUAUGCUGAUAUCGACCAUUUAGGACCACUACAAUUGUCAAAACCUUUAGCAGGAACCAUGUUAAAAUAUAAUCCGUUUAUGGACCAAAACAAAUAUAAUAAUAAUGACUCGCAUCCUAGAGAUGCUUGUUGCAGUACAGAACAAUGUGAUUUGUUUUACGAGGUUCGCCCGAUUCCAACAUGCUAUAGCAGAUCACCUUUUGUUUCUGCUGGUACGUUUGGGGAUCCGCAUAUUACAACCCUUGAUGGAAAACUCUAUACAUUUAACGGUUAUGGAGAAUACACACUGAUGAAAAUAGAAACAGGCACGACAACAUUUGAGCUCCAAUCACGCACAGAACUUGCCUCAUCUCAGAAUGGGGCGAAAUCUAACGCCACUGUCUUCAGUGCGUUCGUAGCGAAGGACCAAACUGGUGCCAGCAUACAGGUUGAGAUGGCCCGCAACAAGAAAAGUAUGAUCAUUAAAGCAAAUGGCAGAGAUCUCACUAAGCAGUUUCAAAACUCAAAUUACACCCUUUUGACAACAAAUAUUUCCAUUCGUUGGGACAAUGGAAAGAUUUCUGCUUUAUUUCUCAAGCCACUAAUUACUGUGAAGAUAAGCCUUGGAAAGAAUAUGUUGCUUAGCGACACUCUUGUGAAUAAGAAAUACAAAGGUCUGACAUCCGGUUUGAUGGGAAACUUUGACGGCAACGAUAGCAACGAUUUUAUGUUGCCAAACGGAACAGUGUUAGAUGAGAACGCAACCAAAACGGAGAGAGAUAUCUUUUUCAACUUUGGACAACAUUGGUCAGUAAAAGGAAAAUCUUUAUUCCAAUAUGAUGAUGGACUGACGUUCAGGGAUUUCUACCAUCCUGAGUUCGUUCCUAUGUUUUUGGACGAAGUUGACGAAAGCCGUCUAAAUGAUGCCAAAGCUAAAUGUGGACUAAAUCCCUCGGCAUCCUGCAUUUCUGAUUAUUUGGCAACGGGAGACAUUGAGGUCGCUUUAUCAUCUGGGAAGUCAGAGGAAACAUCGGAUAAAAAUAUUGCUGAGCUAGAAAACGAAUCACCGCAAAUAUCGGGAAACACCACAAUCAAUGUGCAUGUAAAUAAAACAGUCAAAUUCAAAUUUGAAAUUUCUGAUGACGGAAAGACAAGUCCACGUUACGUUGUACUAAAAAAACCCGACCAUUUUGUUCUCGACAAUCGAACAGGAAUUGCAACAUGGACACCUAUAAAUGACGACGUUUCUGAGAUCAGUAUUCUUGCAGAAGACGAUAUGGGUGUGCAGUCGCCAGCGCUGGAUGUUAUCGUCAACUUGUGUAGUGGCUGCAGUAACCAUGGAAGCUGUGAUUUUGAUAAUUCACCAUCAUCAGGGGGAACUGGAUUUCACAAAAUUGUUUGUGACUGCGAUCAAGGAUACACUGGUGAUAAUUGUGAAAGUGAAGUUGACGCCUGCCUCGAGAUGCCUUGUUCUUUGAACAGACAGUGCACAGAUUUGAGUCCAGAGGAGGAGUCCAUAUUGGGGAGAGGCUACAACUGUUCAGCCUGUCCCCCGGGCUACGAAACGAGCGAUGACAGCUGUUCAGACGUAGACGAGUGUUUAUCGAAGGACAACAAUAACUGCAAUGCUACAGUUGAGACGUGUGAGAAUACGGAGGGGGGAUAUAUUUGUCAAUGUCUCCCAGGAUACAAGAAAUUGAAGGACAAGUGCCUAGAUAUUGAUGAGUGUCUAACUGGAACAUCGCGAUGUGAACAAUUAUGUCAGAACACACCAGGCUCUUUCACGUGUAGCUGUUUCCUGGGUUACACCUUGAAAUCGGACCAUCGUUCGUGUGUCAAAGCAGCAGAUAAUGAUCCUUGUAAGGAUUUUUCCUCAAAAUGUGAGUACACCUGUAGUAACAAAACCGGAACAAUUCAAUGUGAUUGUCCGUUGGGAUACGAACUGGCAUCGAAUGGAAUCAGUUGCAAAGAUAUAAAUGAAUGUGAGCUUCCGACUUCACCGUGCGAAGAAGGCUGUAUUAAUACAGAAGGCUCGUUUAACUGUACCUGUCGGCCUGGGUAUUAUUUAAGCCAAGAUAAAACAUCAUGCAAAGGUUGUGAACCUCCUAACUACGGCAACAACUGCAGUAAGUUAUGCGAGUGCGGUCCCGGGGGAGACAGGUGUGACGCAGUGAGUGGGUGUGUCUGUCUGUCAGGGUGGACGGGAGAGAAUUGUGAUGAAGACGUCGAUGAAUGUACAACAGAUCCAUUCAUCUGUGGCUCCAACCGCGUAUGCAAAAACCUUGAGGGUUCCUACUUGUGCGGCUGUGAAGACGGUUUUCAGUUAAUGGCAGACAAAUGCGAAGAUAUUGAUGAGUGCUUUGAUGUGAGCUUGAACGAUUGUCCAAAAUCAACUACAGUUUGCCGAAAUGCGUAUGGUAGCUACUCCUGUGAAUGCCAGGAAGGAUUUCAAACGAAAAACGGGGCAUGUGAAGAUAUAAAUGAGUGUGAGACAGGCGUUCACCCUUGUUCUCAAAUGUGCAUCAACGUUGACGGUGGCUACAACUGCGGUUGUUACUACGGAUUCACUCUAGAAGAGGAUCGGGAGAAUUGUGAAAGAGUGAAGGACAUGUGUGCCUUGUUCCCCGGUCUCAACUGUAGCUAUGGAUGUAGGAGAGGCGGCCAUGACCCAUCAUCUGGAAUCUGUUUCUGUGAAUCGGGAUACCAGCUUGAUAGUGACGGCAAAACUUGCAUCGACAUCAACGAAUGCAGCAGCAAAAACAAAUGUGCCCACAACUGCACAAACACAAAGGGUUCAUUUAAAUGCGGCUGUGCGGUUGGAUACAAACUUCAGAAUGAUGGAAUAUCUUGCGAACCCUGUGGCAAGUUUUUCUAUGGAGAAAACUGUGAAACCCCGUGCAAAUGUGGGCGUGGUUCCAAUACAUGUGACAAUAUAAAGGGGUGUGUCUGCGAGCAAGGGUGGACCGGGGAAUCUUGUGAGCAGGACGUAAACGAAUGCAAAUCCAAUCCCUGCCCUGGCCAUCACGAUAUCUGCGUGAACACCCCCGGUUCCUUCCGUUGUGAAUGUCCUCCAGGAUUUAGAAAAAUUAGUGGAUUUUGUAGAGAUAUUGAUGAAUGCCAAGACUCGAGUAUUUGUCCACAGAAAUGUAAUAAUACUGUAGGAAGUUACAAGUGUGCUUGUAACCACGGAUUCAAACUGGAAAAUGAAAAAGAUUGUGUGGAUAUAAAUGAAUGCUUUGAUACCAAGUGUCAUGAUUGCGAGAACUCACCAGGCAGCUUCAAAUGUUUAUGCAAUGAAGGAUUCAUAAUCGAUCCAAUAACUCAAAAGAAGUGCAACAAUAUUAACGAAUGUUCUGACGGCAGCCACACAUGUUCAUCCUAUGCCACUUGUACGGACACGAUUGGCAGCUAUACGUGCAAAUGUCCUGAUAAAGGGUUCAAAGGAGAUGGACACAAAUGCACAGUCUGCGAUAAUUUCACAUAUGGAGAGCAGUGUUCCAAACUAUGUGCUUGUAACAGAACUAACGCUGUUGGAUGCGAUGCCGUUUCGGGGAAGUGUACCUGCAAUUCAAAAUGGGAGGGGAGGGACUGCACCGUAGAUAUUGAUGAGUGUAAAAGAGGGACCAAGAUAUGUGGUUCAGAUCUACACGUUUGUGUAAACACCCCCGGUUCUGCUAUCUGUGAGUGUCGUUAUGGCGGAACAGAUCUAAAUAACUGUGUUCAACCAAUAGCGGGAUACUCAACAAAUGAAACAGAAACCAAGGUGAAGGUUGAAGUUAGGUUUGACAUAAACGUUCAACGUCAGAAGUUCCUGAAUGAUUCGGUUACGAUUGUGGAGGAAUUUGAAAAAUCGUUAAAUGCUUUCUACGAAGAGGAAAAUGUAGACGGAUUCCACUUGGUGAAAGUUUUAUCUGCUCAGUUUGGGAGUUUGAUCAUUGACUAUGAAAUCAUAGGUAGCCUUAACAAAUCGGUCAACUUUACUACUGAACUCGCAAAAUGCAUGACAGAUCUUCUUCAUGGUAAAAUUAAACUGAUGGUGCUACAUCAUAUUCCAACAAUACUGCAUAUGACAAUUAAAGACCAAUCUGGACUUCCACAAUACAGCAUCUCACCGUCAGCAUCACCUUGUUAUGUUAUGCACAGUUUCGGAUAUUCGUGUUUAUCAGGCGAAAAAUGCAUCGACUCCUCUGGUAUAGCAAAGUGUGUCAAAGAUUCAUCUGAUAAAGAUUUGUCGACGUUUUUUAUCGUUCUUGGAGUGACUAUUCCAUUCUCCGUUGUUGUAAUAGCUAUUGUGGCCUGUUGGAUUUAUCAUCAUAAGACAGCAAAUCGUGUACAAGUAAUCGACAUAAGUGAUUCUUACAUUCAGAAAAUGAAAUUUCGCAGAGAAUAUACUCCACCAACAAAUUACAACGAUGACAGCCGAGCAUAUGGCGCGUACUUUGGCCAAGUUCCAAACAAAGAAUGACAUGCAAGAAGGGGUUCUCGAAACAAAACAAAGACUUUUAUUUAAAAACUAGUCUGAAUAAUCAUCUCUCUCUCUCUCUCUCUCUCUCUCUCUCUCUCUCUCUCUCUCUCUCUUUAGUUUUAAGAUGUAUGGAUAUAUAUUAUUAUUAAAAAGUGAAGGAUCUA